CUCCAUGCUCGUAGUCAUAGACCUUGGAAAAAAUGAAUGAUUUCCAAACAGUUACUCGUCGCAAAUCUAGAAAAAAAAUUAGGAAUAAAAGUUUCAGUUCAAGCCUGCAACAUUCAUAUGCUGAGGAAAACUUUAACACGGACGAUCUUAUUCGUCUAGUUCUUGCCGCUGCUGUCGACUUUAGAAAGUCUCCGUAUAAGCAAGUCAUCUUUAAUGGAUUGUUGAAAUCUUUAAAUGUCUUACAUUCAAAAGCCAUUGCAGAAGUUAUUUGCUAUGGAUUAGGAAGUUUUAGUAAAAAUAGAUCAUCAAAAUAUCAGUUAGCCACUUUACUGACUAUCAAGAAUCAAUAUAACUGCAAUGUGUUAGUGUAUGAUCCGAUUUUUACUGAAAAUGAAAUUGAAGUAUUAAAGACCUUGGAAUUAAAUGUUAUAACCAUAAAUGAGGAAGGCAAACGUACUAUAACGAACAACAGGCCUACUCUAGUUUUCAUGCCGCAUUGUCCAAGCCAAUUAUUGAACAACUUUCUGUAUUGUAAUUGGGGCCCGCAGUUAAAAAACUGCAUUAUUGUGUGUAAUAGGUGGUCUGCAAUUGUCGACCAAAAUCCACUUGGAUUCGUAGAAGAUACCACGAAUUAUAUUCUACGAUUAUAUCCUUACGUAGUGGACAUUGAAUUAAAAAACGAAUUUGAAUUUAUCGAGACAUUUAUUGAAACAUCUAUUCAUAUUUUUCCUGGACUAGAUGAAACUCCUUUGAGUUUUUGGGGUAACAGAGAAGAACCAGGUUAUCCAAAGGAGAGCAAUCAGUUUAUUACAAGCAGUUCUGCAUAAUAAACAAUUUUUGCUAAAUCUUCUUUAAGGAGCUUCUUAUUCUAUGUUUAAGAUUACUACAAAAUGAGUAAUGAGUUGAAAUUUAUGCGCCUACUUAUACGACAAAUAAAGGGUACGUCACAAUGGAAAACUGCACAGGAUAAAAGAAUGGUACAAUACAUGCU